AUGAGUCUCGCCAUUCUGCUCUGUUUCAUCCUUUUCCCAGGUUUUGAAGCUGAAGCGUUAUCCUAUGAUUACACUGCCAGCAUCGAAUGUUUGGCAUACCCACAUAAGCCUCAGUAUAAUGGAGGAAUCAUCCAAAACCCAGAACUGAAUGAUGGACUACAAGGGUGGACUCCAUAUGGGGGCUCAAGAAUAGAACAUAGAGAAACAUCAGGUAACAAAUAUGUGGUAGCCCACGGCAGAAAUAAAGUGCAUGAUAGUGUCUCCCAGAAGAUUAACCUGAAGAAGGAUAAUCAUUAUACUUUAUCCGCUUGGAUACAAGUGAGUGAGGGAAAUGUUCCCGUAACAGCAGUUGUAAAAACAAAUGAUGGAUACAAAUUUGCUGGUAUCAUUUUGGCCGAGUCAAAUUGCUGGUCUAUGCUUAAGGGUGGUUUCACAGCAGAUACAUCAGGAGCAGCUGAACUCUAUUUUGAGAGCAACAGUACUUCUGUCGAAAUUUGGAUAGACAGCGUUUCGUUACAACCAUUCACCGAAGAGGAAUGGAGGUCUCAUCAGUAUCAAAGCAUUGAGAAGGCUCGUAAGAGGAAAGCUCUAGUCCAAGUAGUAGAUGAACAAGGAAAACCUUUACCAAAUGCAAGCAUAGCUUUUACACAGCUGAGGUCAGGCUUUCCAUUUGGGAGUGCCAUGAAUAAUUACAUCCUGAACAAUAGGUUAUACCAAAACUGGUUCACCUCUAGAUUCACAGUCACCACAUUUGCAAAUGAAAUGAAGUGGUACAGCAAUGAAUAUAGUCCAAGCAGGGAAAGCUACGCGGUUGCUGAUAACAUGCUGCAGUUUGCCAAGCAACACAAUAUUGCUGUUCGCGGCCAUAAUAUAUUUUGGGAUGAUCCUCAUUAUCAACCCAGUUGGGUUCCUUCACUCUCACCUUACCAGCUUAACUCAGCUGUGGAAAGGAGGUUGAGAUCUGUUGUGUCGAGAUAUAGGGGCCAAGUUAUUGCUUGGGAUGUUGUUAAUGAAAACCUUCACUUCUCAUUCUUUGAAAGUAAACUUGGACUAAAUUUUUCAGCCAGGAUGUUCAAUGAGGCUCACUAUAUUGAUGGACAAGCCACUUUAUUCUUGAAUGAAUAUAAUACCGUUGAGGAUAGUAGAGAUGGUGCAUCAACCCCAGCAAGGUAUGUCCAGAAGAUCAGACAGAUCCAAAGCUAUCCUGGUAAUAGGGGAUUACCGAUUGGAAUUGGCCUCGAGGCCCACUUCCCUGGUUUUAGUGUUAACCUUCCCUACAUGAGAUCUUCCAUUGAUUACCUAGCUGCCACUGGUUUUCCAAUUUGGAUGACAGAAAUAGAUGUUGCAAACCAACCUAGGCAGACACAGAACUUCGAGCUUGUUCUUAGAGAAGCACACUCCCACCCAAGUGUUAGGGGCAUUGUAAUGUGGACAGCAUGGUCACCACAAGGUUGCUAUAAGAUUUGCUUAGUAGAUAACAAUUUCAGGAACUUGCCUGCGGGGAAUGUUGUGGACAAGCUACUUCAUGAGUGGGGGCUAAGAAAAAAAUUAUCAGGGACGACAGACCAAAAUGGGUUCCUUGAGGUCCCCCUUUUUCAUGGCCACUAUGAAGUGCAAAUCACUCACCCUCUCAAGAAUAACUACACUUUCACUCAUCAUGUACAAGUGACUCCAACACAUCAGUCCAAUGAAUCAAGACAAUUGAUACAUAUUUCUCUGAAGUAA